AUGGAAGUCAUAAAAGAAACACCUGAACUGCUAAAUAUUUUGCAAGGAAAAGAUGUAGAAUCUUAUGACAAAGAAGUAGUUGAAAAAAUGGACAUGAAUACUGUUAAUUCUAAAUCUUUAGAAACACAGUUAGCUUUACAACAACUCACACGACUGAAAAAAAUAAAAAGAAAAGGAGCACAGAAAUGGAAUUUAAUUAUAAGGAUGAUCUUUUUGGGAAUUUCCAAUUGA